AUGGGGGGGCAUCAUACACACACCGUGCAUGGGGUGUAUGAGCCGUUGGACACUGACUUGCAGCAGAUCAUCCAUCAGAUCAUCCAGUCCAGACAGAUGUUAUCAGAGGAGCACUGCCAGGUGUGUGCGUGGGUGCAUCAUGCCCUGGUGUUUCCUCGACCAGCUAUUGCGCGGGUUAAAGCACAUCCACAGCGCCAGCGCGCUGCAUCACCAUGGCUUACAGCCCUCCAACCUGCUGCUCCUCUCCCUCCCCCCUCUUACAUCCUUCUUUCCACCCCCCCCUCUCCCCACCAACAGUACUUCCUCUACCAGCUAUUGCGCGGGUUGAAGUACAUCCACAGCGCCAGCGUACUCCAUCGGGACUUAAAGCCCUCCAACCUGCUCCUCAGUGCCAACUGCGACCUCAAGAUAUGCGACUUUGGCCUUGCAAGAUCCGUGCAAGAGGCGCACUUUCUCACUGAGUAUGUGGUCACCAGAUGGUACCGUGCUCCUGAGCUGCUGCUCAACUGCCAGACAUAUACUGCAGCCAUUGACGUGUGGUCGGUGGGAUGCAUCUUCAUGGAGCUGCUGAAUCGAGAGCCGCUGUUUCCGGGGAAGGACUAUGUGGAACAGCUUAGGCUCAUCACCAAGAGUCUAGGCUCCCCAGACGAAUCGGACAUCGAGUUUCUCCAAUCCGACAACGCACGGCGCUACAUCCGCUCGCUGCCCUUCUAUCCCAAGCAGCCCCUCGCACAGCGCUACCCGCACCUACCGCCUGUCGCCAUUGACCUCAUGUCGAGAAUGCUCACGUUCGACCCACUCAAGCGCAUCACAGCCCCUGGCUCAUCACAGCGCUACCCACAGCUACCUGCUGUGGCGAUCGAUUCGGUGUCGAGAAUCACAGGUGAGAGUGGACGAGCUGGGCUGCCAAGACACAUGUGUGUGUGUGAAGCCUUGAGCCAUUCCCUUCCUCUAACCAUCUCCCGCCUUCCCUCCUUCCCCAUCGCUCUUCUUCCAGUGGAGGAGGCACUGUGCCAUCCCGAUCUUGCCACUCUCCAUAACAUAAACGACGAGCCGGCAUGCAAUGAGCCCUUGCCCUCCACUAAGCCUCCUUCCCCCCUCCCUCAUAUUCCCAUUCCUUCAGUGGAAGAGGCACUGUGCCACCCCCAUGUAGCCACACUGCACGACAUCAACGACGAGCCAACAUCACUGUGCCAUCCCUACCACUCCAUGCUGCACGACAUCAACGACGGGCCAGCGUGUGACGAGCCUCUGCCUGCCCCCAAGCCCUCUCUCCUAAAAACAUUUCCUGCCUUCUUCCCUGUGUUCCCUGUCCAAUCCCACCAGUGGAGGAGGCACUCUGUCACCCCUACCUCGCAACCCUUCACGACAUAA